ACAAUCGUUGGAGCUCAUGAUGAAGACGUAAAUAUGGGAGGUUUUAUAUCAAAGUAUGGGCGUUCUCAUGGUACGGGUUCUGGAGUCACAUCCAAAUCAAAGUAUCAACAAGAUUCUUAUUUAAUUGAUGAUGAAGAAUCUUAUUUUGAUGAUGACUCUUAUUUAAAGGAUGACGAUGACUCUUAUUUGAUUAAUGAAGAUGUCAUUAGUCUUUUUCAUAUAAGAACUGGUAAACCGGCACUUUACAGCCAUCCCAUCUUAUUAGACGACGGAAGCCAAGAGGUUUGCUGCCGUAAAAAUGGUAGUAAUGAGAAUAAUAAG